AUGUUCUGGAUUUUGGAAGGGAAUGAGGGCGCUCCCAACCCUGGGCGACUGGCGCUACCUGUACGUCUACGCAACCUGCUCAUCGCGCCUAUCACUGAAGAAUGGGUUUUCAGGGGAUGCAUGGUGGGCAUGCUUAAAUUGGAGGGAUGGGAAGAUGGGCAAACAACUUUUGCAGCUCCUUUAUUUUUUGGUGUUGCUCACAUUCAUCAUAUCUACCAGUUGGUUCUGCAUCAGAGCUACACUGUGGUGGAGGCUGUACUGGAGGUACUUUUCCAAGUACUGUACACCACAGCUUUUGGCUGGUAUGCUGUCUUUGUGCUACUGCACACCAAGAGUUUGCCUGCCUGUGUGCUUUGCCACUGUGCAUGCAAUUUGUUGGGACUGCCCAUUUUACCAGAAAUGAUUCAACAUGAAAGGAAACGAUUUUGGUUGGUGACCACAGCUAUUGGAAUUAUUUCCUUUUUUUCUUCUUUGAGUCCAUUGGGCGAAUUGUGCAAGGUGACCAAAGACAUCUGGUAG